AUGUUACUCCUGCAAAGACUCAGCUGCUUCCCGGACAGGGAGUCGUGGCCCGAAGCCGUUCACCAACCGCAGCGACGGCGGCAAAGCCCAAGGCAGCAUGGCCAGAGAGCCUGGCACCACGAUCGGAGGAAAAGCGAACCCGGCGAGAGUGGUCGGAGACAAUGGAGCGAGAAGUCGACUCCAUCCCGACCGCUGUCGCAACUCGGCGUGAAUGAAGGGGUCAUCUCUGGCACAUCCUCGGCUCAAGAUAGGAGAAAGGAGCCAGACCUGUCAGCACUGGCGAAAGGGAUGUGUCUGCAGGAUACCGAUGAGGUGGACGAGAUCGGGCAGAGCCCGAGGCUGCUGCGGAUGCUCAGCGUGCGCUCGGCAGCUGUACGGGAGAAGGAGGCUCAACCGCUGCUAGCGACGAAGCCGGACACGACCAAGUUGUAUCGCCUCCCGCCCGAGGGAGCAUCCAAAUACGGAUGGCCUUCGCGGAACAAAAUCUCGUGCGAGGAGGCAAGGGCGAGGGUCGUAUCGUCGACAAGUGUCAGAGCACGAGCGCAACCAGGAAGGCAGUCUCCCCACUCGAUGACCCAGUCCCAUCCGUCGAGCAGGCAAACAGGUCAAGUCAACAACAAGCCGACGGUUCCAGGACCACCUCUCGAGGCCGCGAAUUCCUGCAUUCGGUACAACACCAACGCAACCAUCAACGAGUAUGCCGACAGCUUGCGACCAAAGCAGCGACCGCCUCGCUCCCGCCGCGCAAGCGCUGCCACGUCACCGGCUUCGUCGCAGGCAGCCAAGCCUGUGCGCAAUUCACACGAUUCAGGGGUCGUGCUCGACAAGCCGCUCCCGUUUCCCCCAUCGCCAUGCUCGCCCGCCAAGGCCUCCAAGGCUCGAAGAAGCGGCGGCAGCUAUCACUCGCUCACGCUAGACGAACACGAACCGAUGCUCAACCGCACAGCCAUACCCCGACCCCUGACGAUCGUCAAGCCUGAAACUGGAACGUUUGGUUGCGUCGCCGUCAGGAAACCAGAAGUCGCAUCCAUCGAAGGCAUGCUCGAGCCCAUGGGGCGCGGGAUCGUCUGCGAGGUCCUCGACGCUAUCGGCCGCAUCUUUGAUCACAUCCCCCAUGCCGUCUCCGGCUACGGGGCCAUGGCCUACUACGGAUACGACGGGAAUAAGCCCAAGUUCAUCAGCGUCCUGUGCCCACCCGAAUCGCUCAAGGCAUUGCUCGGCUGGGCUGCGUCGCGGGACCUCAGCCGUUGCUCGCGCUUCGACUCAGGCUUCUGCGUUAGGACGCACGACGGCAUCGACCGCUGCGUCAGCGUCAAGGGUCAUAACAGCCACUUCCGACACCCUGCCACCGUCAAGCACGGGUCGCGCGGCGCAAAGAUCCUCACCCUCCCAAUCAUCGCAAAUACGUUUGCCAAAUACUACGUCAAAGCCCUGCGCGCCCGAGAGGAGGAAGAGAUGCGCCAUCGCGGCAGCGAAAUCCUCUGGCUGCUGCGCAAGAUGGUCGAGGUCGCCUCCUGUGAUCCACAGCAACGCCUUGACCCCUGCUGCGCCGACUUCUUCGCGAGCCGAACCUUCCUCGAGCCCUUCACCCUAUCCUACCAGGCGGUUCAUCUGAUAGAGCGCGCGGGUCUCGACCUGAGCAGCAUCGACGGCCUUCGCGUAUCACCGCAGAUUCAUCCGGCCAUGCGUGAGAGGUCAGAGCCACGCCCGCACUCCGAGAGGCUGUAUCGCACUAGCCAAGACGUUUCUGGGGCCAGUAGGUCGGUAAGGACACGCUCGCAAGACCUGCCCAAGCCAGGAGCUUCGGUGCUGCCACGCCGGACGCAACAGGUUUCCGGUGUCGCGUCCCCAGGUUUGAAGAUAUCAGGGAAACGGCGCUGA